UGAAAUGUUGGGAAUCUCAGAAAGAGGGGGUCUAAUGGGGAGAUGCAAUGAGGACCAGUGAGGCCAGAAUUCGCUCCGGAGGAUUCUCCCAGAGGGAUACACAGCGGCCUUGCCAUUGGCUAUUGACUCUUUAACGGGGAAUACAAGGUUGCUCAUAGGUUGCAUAACAUGUUCCUCCAGUGGUUCUGUCUUGCGGUGAUGGGAGUUCUAGGAGUAUCAAUGUUCCCAGAUGAGAUGACACCUAUCACUGUGGAUGCAGCUGAAUAUCUCCAAACAUAUCCUGUGUUUGUGGGAAAGGGUCCCAGCUGGACUCCUCAGAGAGGUACAGAACGUUUGAGCAUCCAGAAAAUGCUAAGAGUGAACAGGACGCUUUACAUUGGGGACAGGGAUGCUCUGUAUCAGAUUCCGUUGGACUCAAAAGGGGCAGAACUGAAGUAUCAUAAGAAAUUAACCUGGAAAUCAAACUACCAAGAUAUUACUGUGUGCCGAAUGAAAGGGAAACAGCAGGAUGAAUGCAGGAAUUUUGUGAAGGUUCUUAUUCUGAGAGACAAUCAAACUCUUUUUGUAUGUGGAACCAACGCUUUCAACCCUGUGUGUGCAGACUAUAGGACUGACACUCUGGAACAAGUUGGGGACACUCUGAGUGGGAUGGCUCGUUGUCCAUAUGACCCUAAACAUGGAAAUGUAGCUCUUUUUGCAGAUGGAAUGCUCUUCACCGCUACUGUAACAGAUUUCCUUGCAAUUGAUGCUGUCCUCUACCGCAGCCUUGGUCAGCUUCCAGCUCUCCGCAGUGUGAAACAUGAUUCUAAGUGGUUCAAGGAUCCAUACUUUGUCCAUGCGGUGGAGUGGAAGGACCAUGUCUAUUUUUUCUUCAGGGAAAUUGCAGUGGAAUUCAGCUACCUUGAAAAGGUUGUUGUUUCUCGUGUUUCCCGUGUGUGUAAGAAUGAUAUGGGGGGAUCUCAAAGUGUUCUAGAGAAGCAAUUUUCCUCCUUCCUAAAGGCACGUCUGAACUGUUCAGUUCCAGGAGACUCUCACUUUUACUUCAAUGUCAUCCAGCAAACCAGUAAGAUAUUGGAUGUAGGAGGAAGGCAUGUCAUCCUGGCUCUGUUCUCCACACCUACUAACAGUAUUCCUGGUUCGGCUGUGUGCAUGUUUGACAUGGAGCAAAUGGCGUCCGUGUUUUCAGGAAGAUUUAGAGAGCAGCGCACUCCGGAUUCUAUCUGGACAGCAGUGCCCGAGGAACAAGUACCAGAACCACGCCCAGGAAGCUGUGUUGGCUCUCUGCAUUCCUAUAAUUCUUCUCGAAGUCUUCCUAAUGAAGUUUUGAAUUUCGUGAAGUCACAUCCUUUAAUGGAAGAUUCUGUUCCUUCUGUUGGGAGUUCUCCAUGGAUAAUAAGAACAUUAACAAAAGGUCAGCUGACACAUUUAGCAGUGGACACAUCUUGUGGAGUCAACGUGAAUCAAACGGUCCUCUUUCUUGGAACAGACUCGGGAACUGUCUUGAAAUAUCUUAUAAUUCCAAAAUUGGACAGCGCAGAUGCAGGCAUCCCAGCCAAUCACAGUGUCCUACUUGAAGAGAUACAGACAUACCCUGCAGAAAGGUGUGGUGAAGGAGAACAGAGACUGCUGGACAUGGAGCUUGAUAAGGAGUCAGGGUCCCUUCUCUUGGCUUAUGACAGCUGUGUAGUGAAAGUGCCCCUUGCUCGCUGCCAGAAACAUAAUGGCUGUUUUAGAAACUGUCUGGAAGCCCAGGACCCAUAUUGUACAUGGGAUGCUGAAAACAAUCGAUGUGUCUUCAUUCCAAAUGGAUUCAGAUCCCAAGAUGAGCAGGACCAGAGUGGGAAUCAAAAAUUUAACCUUGGUGACUGUGAAGGUGUACUGACACAGAGCUUCGUGGAACAGCUAAAUAGAGAAGUGUCUCUUAACAUCCUAGUAAUUUCAUCAGUUGCAGCUUUUUUAGUGGGUGCCUUGUUGUCCGGAAUAGGUGUAUGCUGGAUGAGUUCUCAACAGGGAAAUAAUCUACAAUGCAGGCAAAAGCAGAACGACACCGGUCUGAGUCAAGGCAAUUCUGUGCAAAGUAUGAGUCACAGUGAAAAUUUAGGUCAUCCAGAACAAGACACUCUUCUUACCUCCCUAAUAUUACAUAGCUGGAAUCCAGAGCACGGCAAGGAUCAUACCGGCAUUCCACCCACUCCAGAACAAACUCCUCAACAACACAGGAAGGGAAAUAGCCCCCAAGACUAUCUCACCUGUUCUCUACAAGAACCCUCCAUAAUUCUACUGAACUCAGAUACUAAUCCACUGAAAAUCACACGCACGCAGGAUACGUACUAUCCAAAAACAGAGGACACGCAGUAUCUACCACCAGCUAGGGAAUACUAUUUGCCCAUUUGCGGAGAGGAACAUCGAUAUUUACCCCAGCAUGGUGAAGGAAAUCAAUAUAUAACUGAAGAUCAAAAUCCUUAUUACGUGCGCCAGCACAAGCAAAAAGACCCUUGCUACCUCUCUCCACAUGCCGAAGAUGGUAAUUUUUAUUCACAGCACGGAGAUAACAUUUGCUACUUUCUUCCAUGUAGGAAGACUCAAUAUUUAUCACAUCGCCAAUCUCAGAAUCAGCUCUUACAAGGACAGAGCUCCCAUUGUUUGCUACCAGACAUGUUAUCCCAGUCGUAUUUAUGCAGUAAGCGCAAACAUGUAGUAUCAGCGCCGCAUGAGAGGUUUUACCGGUCACAAGUCCAGGACUGCACUCCACAAAUUAUCUGCAUAACUUGGAAUUGUGUGGACAAUUGGUCAAAUCCACUUGAAUUUUAUACUUACGGUCAGGGCCUUCCCUGAGUUUGAUACCUAGUUCAGACUUUAGGUUUAAUGCUGCGGGUUGGCAUGUUUUUAGCCCCCUCAGCACAACGAGAGAAAAUAGUGUGACAUGAUGAAGAAGAUGUUGCAUUUAAGGACUUUUACCUUUGUAGGUCAAGUAGCGAUCAUGUGAGACAGCUGGACAAUAUACAGCGAGAUAGAGUGGGGGAGAUAAGGGUUAGUUUUUAUGAUAUUCUCUGAUCAGCCAAGCACAAUAUGUCCAUAUAAAUAUUUUAAUUAUUGUUCUUUGGUAAACACUGGGUGAAGCUGAAGCAGCAUAUGGCCAAUACGAAUGUGUGUGUAUGCUAGAAUGUUUUGGGUUCUUUUUUUUUUAGAUGGGAUUGAAGGAAGUAAUUGGGCUUCUAGGUAGAUGUAAGAUUUGAAAGGUAAGGAGGCUUUUCAUGAUUUUGUUAUAUAUUCAGUUACACUGCUGCAGCUGCAAAAACAGCAAAAUGUUAUCAUAUACAUAUAUAAAAGAAAAAGUAUAUAUAUAUAUAAAAUGUUGCCUUUUUAUAGCUCAAUGCUAGCA